AUUUCCCCGUGUCAAACUCAGCCAGUGGUCAAGCCUUUUGUUGCAUCCUCCUCUUUCUCUCGCUAAAAGAACUUUAAACCCCGCACUGCACAAGUGAAGUCAACACAUCCUCUUACUACCUGUCGUUCGACGCUGCUUCACUCGCCUGUCUCUUUGGAACAAAAAGGAUAUAACCGCUCUUUAAAAUCUCUGCUAAAGCGUCGUGGAUCAUGUCGUCUGUGAUGCAGAAGUUGAUCACCCCCAUGGCCAGCGGCCCCGCUGAGCCCCCUAGGAACAAGGUGACCGUGGUGGGGGUGGGCAUGGUGGGUAUGGCCUGUGCCGUCAGUGUCCUCCUCAGGGACUUGGCUGAUGAGCUGGCUCUGGUUGAUGUGAUGGAGGAUAAGCUGAAGGGAGAGAUGAUGGACCUGCAGCACGGCAGCCUCUUCCUCAAGACAUCUAAGAUAGUAGCUGACAAAGACUAUGCCGUGACGGCUAACUCCCGCAUCGUGGUUGUGACCGCUGGCGUGCGUCAGCAGGAGGGAGAGAGCAGGCUCAACCUAGUCCAGAGGAACGUCAACAUCUUCAAACACAUCAUCCCCCAGAUCGUCAAACACUCCCCCAAAUGCACCCUUAUCGUGGUGUCCAACCCAGUGGACGUGCUGACCUAUGUGACAUGGAAGUUGAGCGGCCUGCCCAAACACCGUGUCAUCGGCAGCGGCACCAACUUGGACUCCGCCCGCUUCCGUUUCCUGAUGGCUGAGCGCCUGGGGAUCCAUGCCACCAGCUUCAAUGGAUGGGUGCUGGGAGAACACGGCGAUACCAGCGUCCCUGUGUGGAGCGGUGUCAAUGUGGCUGGAGUCAACCUGCAGAAGCUGAACCCAGAGUUUGGCCUUGACGGAGACAAAGAGGACUGGAAGGCCACCCACAAGGAAGUGGUCGACAGUGCCUAUGAGGUGAUCAAGCUGAAGGGGUAUACCAACUGGGCCAUCGGCCUGAGUGUGGCUGACCUCACUGAGAGCAUCAUCAAGAACAUGAGCAGGAUCCACCCUGUCUCCACCAUGGUCAAGGACAUGUAUGGUAUUGGUGAGGAGGUGUUCCUGUCCCUGCCAUGCGUGCUGAACAGCAACGGAGUGGGCAGCGUGAUCAACAUGACCCUGACUGACGCGGAGGUGGGCCAGCUGAAGAAAAGUGCAGACACACUCUGGGGCAUCCAGAAGGACCUCAAUGACAUCUAGACACAACACACACCAAACCAACAACCCAUAGGUGGACGGACUUCACACCUCUACCCUCCCUCCGUCUCCGAUGCAGUGACUCCCAGACCUAGUUCCAGCCCUCCUCCGAUCUACUGUAUCCAUCUCCCUUUCAUCUUAAUCUACUGGUAUAAACUAUUCCUUUCACCUCCACCUUUCCCUUUGUAGGAUGUUGCUGUGGUGUUUCCAUGCUAGGUACUGUGUGAACCAGUAUGACUGUACGUACCCUCAUUGGGUUCAUGUGUUGAAGCUAUUGUACUAUGAUCAAAAAGAAGUGUUGGCUUUAUCCUCUUUCAUUUGCACUGUUCUGUUCACUCCCUUUAGGGAUUGCAGAAACAAAGACCCUAUAACUCGGUCACAUCCUGUCAGGGAGCAGAGGUGUUGGUUAUUGUGCUAGGUGAGGCGAGAUUUUCAGUAUGUUUUUUUCUGGCAGUCAAUGUCAAAGGGAGAAAGAGGUCAGGGGUGGAAUCAAUCGAAACAUCCUACUUGAGUAUCAUACUGUAACUAUCAUGUUGAUUGUGUAAUGAAUGACAAGAAACAAUGAGUGACUUUAAUAAAUAUUUGAACCUUUA